AUUCUUCGCUAGUCUCUCCUCCACACACAAGCACAGAGACAACGCUGUUGCAUUAUCACAUCUAAGAGAGAAAUGGCAACACUUUCAGGCGCCAUGGUGAGCACCUCCUUCAUCCGGAGGCAGCCGGUGACGAGCCUCCGUGCUCUGCCGAAUGUGGGUCAGGCUCUGUUUGGGUUGAAAGCCGGGCGAGGGAGGGUAACAGCCAUGGCUGCUUACAAGGUGAAGCUGAUCACACCAGAGGGGGAGAAGGAGUUUGAGUGCCCAGAUGAUGUUUACGUUCUGGACCACGCGGAGGAGAUUGGUAUUGAUCUGCCCUACUCGUGCCGUGCUGGGUCUUGCUCCUCCUGCGCCGGGAGGGUGGUGGAAGGCACUGUGGAUCAGUCUGACGGGAGCUUCCUUGAGGAUGAGCAGAUGGAGGAAGGAUGGGUUCUGACUUGUGUUGCUUAUCCUCAGUCCGAUCUUGUGAUUGAGACCCACAAGGAGGAGGAGCUCACUGCUUAAGAGCAGUUCACAUAUGUUCUCCCUCCCUCUCUUUCUGUCUCCUCCUCUGUUUUGUUGCCUGGAUUAGCUUAAUUUCAGAGCUUAUGAUUGUUGUAUUUCUGAACUUUGUAAUUGUAAUGUUUCUUUUUGGCUCAUUUUAGUCAUAAAUGAGAUUAUAUCGGGUUUGGCUGCCAAA